GUUUCCUCCGCGCGCCCUCCGCUGAUGUAGAGCUGCGCUCUGGAUCGUGUUCCUCCUCCUCAUCAUCUGCGCCUCUCACUGAUUCCACUGCGCUUGCUGCUUCCACACCGGCUCGUGUUCACCUCUGCAUUCAUUCCCUGAAUGCAAACAUCGUCAUGUAUAUCAGAACUUGUUUUGCCCUCUGCUUUUUGGUCUCAGUCCUAAAGUUUGGUUGUUGCCUGGAAAGUGAAACUUGCUUUCCGACAAUUUUGGAUAACAAUGACAGGACGGAUUUGGACAGCGGCGUGAAUGUUCUGGAGGGGAAACAUGUCAUAAAGAUACGAGCUUUUCAGCAGGAAUUGACGAUCAAUUUAAACCAAGACUCGCAUUUUAUUGGUCCUUCCAUUGACGCGUCUUGGCUGCCAAACACCGACCUGAGCCGGUGUUUUUACUCUGGAUAUGUGAACGAUGACCCGCUCUCCUACGCCGCUUUAAGCCUCUGUAAAGGUCUGCACGGUGCGUUUGACUUCCAGGGAUGGGAAUAUUUCAUCAACCCCGCGCGUAAUGACACCAGGAGCACAGAGAGCGCGCACAUCAUCCGGCGCAGAACCAGCAACAUCCUGAGGAACAGUUCAGCCUCCAGGUGCGCAGUGAAAAGCGACUUAAGCCUCCAAGAGGUGCAGUCGCUGGUCAAGUUUAAGCGACUGGCAGACCACAGUAACGUGACUGAAACGAUGCUGAAGAGGAGAGCCAAGAGGUUCGCCUCGAUUCCCAGAUAUGUGGAGACGCUCGUGGUGGCGGACGCGUCCAUGGCACAGUUCCAUGGAGACGACCUCAAACACUACCUGCUGACUCUGAUGUCAGUGGCCGCUAAGCUCUACAAGCAUCCCAGCAUUCUCAACUCAAUCAGCAUAGUGGUGGUGAAGAUUUUGAUUAUAUCCGAGGAGGAAAAAGGUCCAAAAGUGUCCUCGAACGCUGCGCUUACGCUGCGGAACUUCUGCACGUGGCAGAAGAAGAUGAACAAGAACAACGAUAAGCAUCCGGACUACUGGGACACAGCAAUCCUCUUUACAAGACAGGACCUUUGCGGAGCCUCCACCUGCGACACUCUUGGCCUGGCAGAUGUUGGCACUGUGUGUGACCCAAAAAGGAGCUGCUCCGUGAUUGAAGACGACGGCUUGCCUUCAUCCUUCACCGCUGCUCAUGAGCUUGGGCACGUGUUCAACAUGCCGCAUGACAACGUGAGGGCCUGUGAGGACGUCUUUGGGAAGAUGCAGGACAACCACAUGAUGUCUCCCACUCUAAUCAAGAUGAACCGCACAAGUCCGUGGUCGCCGUGCAGCGCCGCGAUCAUCACCGAGUUUCUGGACGGCGGACAUGGCGAGUGCUUGCUUGAUCAGCCUCAGAAACAGCUGGUCCUUCCUGACGCCUCACCCGGAGCAUCUUAUGACCUGAACCGUCAGUGUGAGCUGGCCUUUGGAGAAGACUCUAUGCCCUGCCUUUUGGGCCAGCUUCCAUGCAGUCGUUUGUGGUGCACAGGCAAGUCCAGUACCCACCUGGUGUGCAUGACUCGGCACUUUCCCUGGGCAGAUGGCACUGAAUGCGGUGACGGGAAAGUCUGCGAUCGAGGAGUGUGCUCUGAAAAACCUGCCAAAAAAGUGACGGUGGAUGGCCGCUGGGGCAGCUGGAGUGUGUUUGGAUCAUGUUCACGCACAUGUGGAGGCGGCAUCCAGCUUUCUAAAAGGGAAUGUACCAACCCAGCUCCUUCAAAUGGGGGGAAAUACUGUAGAGGUAUGCGGGUCAAAUAUCGAUCCUGCAACUUGAACCAUUGCACCGAUGCAGAAAAGACGUUUCGUGAAGAACAGUGUGAGACCUCUGGCCGCAACUUCAACAGUAAUCACGUCUCCCAGUCUGUGGUUUGGGUACCUAAGUAUUCUGGAGUUUCCCUUGGAGACAGGUGCAAACUCGUCUGCAGAGCUAAUGGCACCGGCUACUUCUACAUCUUAGCUCCAAAGGUCACUGAUGGGACUCCGUGCUCGCCAGAUUCUACAGGCGUUUGUGUCCAAGGCAAGUGCAUCAAAGCUGGCUGUGAUGGGAAAAUUGGAUCCAACAAGAAGUUUGAUAAGUGUGGAAUCUGUGGAGGUGAAAACAAAGGCUGUAAGAAAGUGUCGGGGCUCUUCACAAAGCCUAUGCAUGGAUAUAACUUUGUCGUCAUGUUACCAGAGGGUGCAGCCAACAUAGAUGUCCGUCAGCGAGGAUACAAAGGGAUGAAAGGCGACGAAAACUAUUUGGCUGUGAAGAACAGUAAGGGCCAGUACCUGCUGAAUGGGAACUACGUAGUUUCUGCUGGUGAGAAAGACAUCCUUGUAAAGCACACCCUGCUGCGAUACAGCGGCACAUCUGGCCUGUCAGAAACCCUACAGGCAGUGAAGCCGCUGCGGGAAGCUUUAACGGUUGAGGUGCUGUGUGCUGGCAAGAUGACACCUCCUCGCAUCCGCUACUCUUUCUACCUCCCUCGUCAGACAAAAGAAGACAAAACACUAAAGAAGCACCCAAGUGGCCAGAAUAGUGUGCUGGAGAAGGACAGCAGCAGUGUUAAAGAGAGCGGCACUCUGAAGAACUCUUAUAUUGAGGAGUCGGCUGCUGGUAAAUGGGUCCCUGCAAGCUGGGAGGAGUGCUCGGUGACCUGUGGUCAUGGUGUCCAAAAGAGGUCGGUACAGUGUAUAAGACCAGACGGAAAGCCAGGGUUGGACUGUGACCCUUCACAAAUACCCUCAGAAACCAAAGUUUGUGGUGACAUCUGUUCAGAGUGGCAUAUUGGGCAGUGGUCACCCUGCUCCAGAACCUGCGGGAAAGGCUUUAAGAAACGUCCACUGCUCUGCAAAAGCCCAACUGGGCAGCUGCUCACAAGGGAUCAUUGCACUGGCAUUCGCAAACCACAGGAGCUGGACUUCUGCAAUCUUAAAGCCUGUUAGCAGCACAAAAACAAUUUAGCAUUUUUUAUUUUAUUUUAUUUUUUUACAUUUUUAACAGUUUAAACAGAAUCCAUCUUCAAGUAACAACAUCUUGCCAAUGAGAUGUUUUGACCUGUAUCCCUAGACUGGUAUGUUUUGAAUAAAAAAAGCAAAGAACAUUGAAGAGUCACAGGAGAUAUAUUUUUUAAUUGGGCUCUAAAAUAUAUUAUUCAUGUAAAAUCCCUCCUGUCAUCAGCCAAUCCAAAAUGCCCAUUUGCAAGCAGUCUUUUUAUUGUGAAAGUCUGCAUCCCAUUUUCUGUUACAAUACUUUAACGGCAAGUUUAAGAUUCGAGCUGGGUCUCGCAAAUAUGACUGUUGAAGUAAACCAGUUGUGCAGGAAAUGACUCAAUUUUCAAACUGCAAACUUACCAGAAGUACCAUUUACAAAUAUUUACAUACAUAAAUGUCAGUGUUUUAGUCUUUGAUUCUUUUUUGUUAAAUUAAUUCUGAAAAGACAGAGUUAUUGUUUGAACAGCUGAUGAAUUCAUCUAAAACGAGCAUGUUGGAAAAAGCUAAUUUAUGACUCAGUGAUGCUGCUCACAGUGCUGCACUGCUCACUAGAAAUGUAAGCCUUUCACAGUAUCACACACAAACAGAUCAAGCUUAGCUCUUGUCUGUCAUGUAAAGCAUCUUUUCUGUCUUCAUUUAUGUCUUUUGUCUCGUCAGUUCAUUGAGUUCAGACACACAUGGUGGGCUAGAUUCCACACAGUUCGCACAUGUACAUCAUUGUUAAUGUGCCAAAAAAAAACGUUUUGUGUUGUCCUGGAUUUCUUGGUGUAUAAAUCUAGAGCUCAAGCCAAGCUGUUCAUCCCACAGUUCCAAUAAAAUCAUUUAAUCCUUUAUGCACUUCUACUUUUAAAGAGGUCACAUUGAUCAGUCUGGCAAUUAAUCUUGCAUUAGUUGGAUUGUUAUUCUAGCUUUUUUUUUUUUGUUUGUUUGUUUCUGUCAGCUUUUGCACUUUAUACAGCAAGAGAGCUGUGCUGUAUACCAUGUAUACAUUUAUUCAACUCAAAGAAAUGUAAAUACUGUUAUUUUCCUGUUUUUACACACAUUUGUAAUUGUCUUUGAAUUCUGCAUAUUUAUUCCAAAAUAAAGCAAGUAUGUAACAUUUA